AUUACCCAAAUGAGAUGUCUUUUUUUAUUUGCCUGUAGUUAAGUUUUGAUAUUGUGAUUUUGGUACUCUAUCACCGAAUUAUGAGCGAAUAGGGAAAAUUUGUUACAAUAACUUGUAAAAUGUGUUGGUUAUAGAACAGUGUGUUUAAGUAUAACAUAUUAUGCUAUUUAUACACGUCAUCUGUAAUUGUGAAAUUAAAUUACAUGUAGUUCACAGUUCAAAUUUACCUUCAUAGUUAAUAGAAUGUUUGGUUUAUUCAAUGGAAUGUCUUCGCCUUCUUCUGGUUAUAUACCAGAAAUGGAGAAGAUUAUCAAUCACUUGGAAAGGGGAACAUUAGUAGUUAAAUUUUCUUGGAGAAAAAGGGCAGAACAUAAAAUUUUAGCGAUUAGACGCGAUACUAGACAAAUUAUAUGGACGCGUUCUGUAACUGUUGAUAAACCAAUUUAUGACGGCGCUGUGGAUUGGGACGAAAUCAAAGAAAUUAGGCUAGGAAAACUGUCUCAAGUUUUUGAGAAGUGGUCUGAGGAUGCGAAAGAUUUUGAAAAUUCGCAAUGUUUUGUUGUAUUUUAUGGAUCUGAAUUUAACUUGAGAGUUUUAAACAUUGCAGCUACCUCAGAAGCUGAUUGCGACCAGUGGAUAAGAGGUCUAAGGUAUUUAGUCAAAGAUACGAUAAAUGCGCCAUACCUACUUCAAGUUCAAGCAUGGUUGAGAAAAGAGUUUAAUGCUGUGGAAAGUCAAAACGAAAAGAUAGGUCUAAAAGACAUAAAAUUUUUUCUUUCGAGAAUUAACUGUAAAAUUACUAACAAUAAAUUAAGAGAGAUUUUUAAUGAAGUUGAUACCAGAGAAAGAGGAGAAAUUGGUUUUGAUGAUUUCGCAGUUCUUUAUCAAAUGAUAACAAAUGAAGACAACCCUGCAGAAUUUUUUGACAGAAUCUUACUGUAUUCGUCCGAUGUAAAGAUACUAACACUACAAGAAGUUGAAAGUUUCUUAUCAAGUGAACAAGACGAUGAAUUGGGAAAUGACGACAGAGCUGUAUCUCAAUUAAUAUGUAAUUUCUUAAGGGACCCACUAAGAGAAAUUCAAGAACCCUAUUUUACAAUUCCAGAAUUCCUAGAUUUCUUAUUUUCUAGAGAAAAUGAAAUUUGGAACCCAACAAAAGACAAAGUUUAUCAAGAUAUGUCAAAACCCUUGUCCCAUUAUUGGAUUUCGUCUUCGCAUAACACCUAUUUAACUGGUAAUCAAGUCAACAGUAUGUCAUCUGUGGAAGCUUAUGCUAGAUGUUUAAGAAUGGGCUGUAGGUGUAUAGAGCUUGACUGCUGGGAUGGCCCGGACGGAAUGCCUUGCAUAUUUCAUGGGUACACCCUAACAUCUAAAAUAAAAUUCGUAGAUGUCAUAAAAGUCAUAAAAGAUCAUGCCUUUGUAACUUCAGAUUAUCCAGUUAUUUUGUCCAUAGAGCAAUAUUGUUCACUCCCUCAACAAAGAAAAAUGGCAUUAGCAAUGCAGGAAAUAUUUGGCGACAUGUUGGCAGUUCCUCCGGCAGAAAGUUUAACAGAGCUUCCCUCGCCUUAUGCGUUACGCAACAAAAUCAUACUGAAAAAUAAAAAACUGCCCGAAGGACAAGAAGAUGUGUCUGUUAAAAAUGAAAUCUCUGAUAAUGACAUGUUAACUUCAGUGAAAAGUGGUAUUAUGUAUUUGGAAAAUCCUGAGAAUAAUGAGUGGGAGCCGCACUUCUUUCUGCUUACGCAAAACAAAUUAUUUUAUACUAAAGAUUACAAAAUGGAUCAGGGGUUCGUUAUGUCAGAAGAUGAAGAGGAUGAUUCGUUUCAAAAGCUCAAGAGCGAUGUUCCCGAAAGGGAACUGCACCUUAGCCAAAUGUGGUUUCAUAAGCAUUUAAAAGGAAAGGGAAGAAAAGCUGAAAAGUUGUUAAAGAAAUACUCAUACCUAGGUGACGGUACCUUCUUAGUUAGACAGAGCUCUAGGAAUACUGAAGGUUACUCUCUCUCUCUUUGGUAUAAUGGUCAAGUGAAACAUUUGCAAAUAUAUUGCAAGGAAGAUGAGCAGAAAAAACAAUAUUAUUUAGUUGCAUCCGAAUGCUACAAUAGUCUUUACCAUCUAAUAACACAUUAUCGAACUUCGCCUUUAAUUACUCCAGGUUUCACCAUUGUACUACAUGAACCUGUGCCACAACAAAAUUUAUGUGAGACUAACGAGUGGUACCACCAGAACAUAAGCAAAAGUCAAGCCGAAGAAAUAUUGAAGAGAAUUGAAGUUGAAGGUGCGUUUUUGGUUCGCGCCAGUGAGAAUGAUCCUAAUAAUUGUUAUGCGAUAACUUUUAGAGGUGACGGAAAAGUAAGACACUGUAGAAUUAAACAGAAUGGUCUCAGAUAUAUAGCAGGUAAUGACGAAUUUGAGAGUCUGACAGACCUCAUAAACUUUUACAAAAACCACUCAUUAUAUGACAAUAUCAAACUUACCUAUGCGGUAAGUGAAGAAAUGGUUAGGAAAAUGAAUACAGAACAACACUCUUCACAUGUCGAUCCAGGAACCAAAAUUGAUGAAAACUCAAAUGAAUCUAUGUUCGAAGGAUGUUUGGACUUGAAAGGAGCUGUUGUUGACAUAAAACGCAAUCCCGAGUGCCUUGAUAUGGAGUGGAAUAUAAGGAUUCUUACAAACAAAGCAUGUAUCGUUUUUAAAUGUGCAGUGAAAUUAGAAAUUCUGGCACAAGAAUGGUACUCAAGCAUCAAACAGGUGAUUGAGAAAACAAGCCAGUUGGAAAAUGAACACAGGGAACUGGAAAGGACAAAAAAGAUAGCAAAAGAAAUGUCGGACCUCAUAAUCUAUUGCAGAUCGGUCAACUUCAAUUUAGAAAAGGCCAAACAACAAGGUUUUACAUUCUGUCAGAUGUCUUCCUUUCCAGAACACAAAGCCGAAAGGAUUAUGUGUCAACAGGAAAGAGAAUUUUUCUUGAAAUACCACCAAGUCCAGUUCUCUAGAGUCUAUCCCAAAGCGCAAAGGGUUGCUUCUUCAAAUUACAAUCCUAUAAACAUGUGGAACUGUGGGUCACAAAUGGUAGCAUUAAAUUUCCAAACAGGCGACAAACCAAUGCAGCUGAACCAGGCCAAGUUUCGGAAUAACGGGAUGUGUGGUUACUUACUUAAGCCAGAAUUUAUGUUUAGAGAAGGCUUUGAUCCCUUUGAAAAAGAAACCCUAAUCGAUGUAGAACCUUACGUCAUUUCCAUAAGGAUAAUAGCAGGUAGACAUUUAUACAGAUGUAAAAGAAAAAUUACCAGUCCUUUUGUGGAAGUCGAAAUUAUCGGCUCACCUUUUGAUUCGGGAAUAAAACUGACUACGACCCGAAUAUACGACAAUGGAUUCAAUCCAAAGUGGAAUGACAAAGCCUCUAUAUUUGAAGUAGCCAAUCCCCAUUUCGCAUUAUUGCGAUUCCUCGUUCAAGACGACGUUUUUGGUGAACCCAAUUUUAUAGGCCAAGCUACCUAUCCAGUUACUUGCCUUCGUACAGGUUAUAGAAGUGUUUGUUUAAAAAAUGCUUAUAGUGAAUAUUUGGGACUUGCCUCACUUCUUGUACAUAUUAACAUUACAAUCAAUUCUAAUGGUUAAUAUAUUAGAUUACUAAAGUAUAUGUAGAAUAAAGUUACAUACAAGUAAUCACGACAUUUAACAACAAUUAGUGUAAGUGCUUUAGAUUAACUGUACGUAUUUAGUUAUUUAAAUUAAAGAAAAAAGUCCUUUAAACCUGUCUUCAUUGUAAAUAUUAAUAAAUAAAUACUAAAUAUCUAUUGUAUGUAGAUCGUGUU